AUGCAGCCCACCAGAAUACUCCGGGAUGUCACCCUCCUAGGGCUUGCAGCAUGCGUGUUAUCGCGGGAGGUUUCCAUGCAGGAUGUCGCUGCACAUGUUAUCUACUCAUACCCUGGGCUGGAGCCCCCGCCCCAUUUAUUCGACCUGAUCCGCCUAGGCAAAGUGGGGGGCAUUAUCAUAUUCGGUGAGAAUGUGAAUGAAACCCUCUCAGACACGAUUCAGCUCUUCCAGGAUGCAUACCAGGAUGGAACGGGAAAUUCUGGUUUCCCCCUCCUCACUAUGACCGAUCAGGAGGGAGGCCAGGUGCGCCGUCUGAAAGGGGGUCCUGAGUUAUCGGCGAAGCAGGUUGGUCAAUCUGCAAACCCCGGGGCGACAGCAGAGGCCACCGGAAACGAGGCCGGCAAAGUACUCCGCCAAAACAACCUGAAUACCAACCUGGCACCUGUUGUGGAUGUAUUCCAAGCACCGGACAAUUUCAUUGACGAAUAUGGCCGGUCGUAUAGCAACUCCAGCACAGUGGUCGCUGACUGCGCUGGAAAAUUCCUUGAGGGUGAAGCCCAGGAACAAGUGCUAUCGGUAGCGAAGCACUUCCCUGGUCUAGGAGCGGCAGCGAAUGGCCAGAACACUGAUGAGCAGCCUGUUACGAUCAAUUCGGACCGGGAUACUUUGGAACGGGUGGACAUGCAGCCGUAUCAGCAGCUUAUUGCGAACAAUAUCCCGAUGAUUAUGUGCUCAUGGGCCGUCUAUCCCGCAGUCGACGCCGACUCGCCUGCGGGACUGAGCUCCAAAUGGGUCAAGGAUACGCUCCGGGACGAAAUGGGUUUCAAGGGCGUUACUAUCACCGAUGCCAUCGAGGCAGGAGCCCUGCGCAGCUUCGGAAAUGACGCGCAGCGGGGUGUACUGGCGGCACAGGCUGGCAUGGAUCUUCUUCUGGCUGCCGCGAGAAAUGUGACUCAAGGAGAAGCAAUCGUGGAUGCACUGGUAGAGGCCUUGGAAGAGGGAAGUUUGGAUUCUACCGAGUUCAAUGCGGCAACGGAACGAAUUAUGGCACUCCGAGCGACGUUGGCAUAA